UUCGAGACCUCGCGUCUCCUCAGUCCCCGGGCUCAGAGUGGUGUUUGCGGCAGGAUGGCAGCUGCCAACUCCACCGGAGACCUCCCUGCUCCAGGCCCCCAGCUGAGUGUCACCGACAUCAUCGUCAUCGCUGUCUAUUUCGCCUUGAAUGUGGCCGUGGGCGUGUGGUCUGCUUGCCGAGCCAGAAAGAACACAGUGAGUGGCUACUUCCUGGCAGGCCGGGACAUGACUUGGUGGCCGAUCGGAGCUUCACUCUUCGCAAGCAGCGAGGGCUCCGGCCUCUUCGUAGGGCUGGCAGGCUCAGGUGCAGCUGGAGGCCUGGCUGUGGCAGGUUUUGAGUGGAAUGCCACGUAUGUGCUUUUGGCGCUGGCAUGGGUGUUUGUACCCAUCUACAUAUCUUCAGAGAUUGUCACCUUGCCUGAAUACAUCCAGAAGCGCUUCGGCGGCCAGCGCAUACGCAUGUACCUGUCUGUCCUGUCCCUGCUCCUGUCUGUCUUCACCAAGAUAUCGAUUGACCUGUAUGCAGGAGCCCUGUUUGUUCACAUCUGCCUGGGCUGGAAUUUCUACCUGUCCACCAUCCUUACGCUCGUCAUCACGGCCCUGUACACCAUCGCAGGGGGUCUGGCCACUGUGAUCUACACAGAUGCCCUGCAGACGGUCAUCAUGGUGGUGGGCGCUGUCAUCCUGGCAAUCAAAGCUUUCAACCAGAUCGGUGGUUAUGAGCAGCUGGAGGCGGCAUAUGCCCAGGCCAUCCCCUCCAGGACCAUUCCCAAUACCACCUGCCAUCUGCCGCGAGCAGACGCCAUGCACAUGUUCCGGGAUCCGUCCACAGGAGACCUCCCAUGGACUGGGAUGACCUUUGGUCUGACCAUCAUGGCCACCUGGUACUGGUGCACUGACCAGGUGAGCGUCAACACUGCCCACCCCCCACCUGCUGCCCUCUGGGGCGGGGCUGGGGUCCAGCUCGGCUGCUAGGGUUCCUUGUGGUCUCG